UGAUCCAGCGCGGUGACGACUUGCUUUCUUGUUCGGGCGCAGAAGUCCAACUUUUAAUGUUAAAAAAAAAAAAAGAAGAAGCACGUCGAUCAUGGUACUCACCCCGCAGGUCUCUCACUCGGCGCUUAAGAGGGGCAUGAGGACGGAACCCAGACUGUGAUUGAAUGGGGGGCAUAAACAACUCUCCGCCAGGAUUACGGUUGCUCAGGCCUCCAACAGUGAUUGGUCAGUUUCAUACCCUCUUCUUUGGCUCUGUGCGCAUGUUCUUUCUUGGGGUUCUGGGAUUUGCAGUUUAUGGCAAUGAGGCUUUACACUUCAGCUGUGAUCCUGAUAAGAGAGAGUUAAACCUCUUCUGUUACAACCAAUUCAGGCCGAUAACACCUCAGGUAUUUUGGGCACUACAGCUGGUCACUGUGUUGGUUCCCGGAGCUGUGUUUCAUCUCUAUGCUGCUUGUAAGAAUAUCGAUCAAGAAGAAAUCCUCCAACGACCCAUCUACACUGUGUUUUAUAUCAUUUCUGUACUGUUAAGAAUCAUUCUGGAAGUCAUAGCGUUUUGGCUUCAGAGUCAUCUUUUUGGCUUUCAGGUUCACCCAAUUUACAUGUGCGACGCCAGCGCCCUGGAGAAAAAGUUCAACGUCACCAAGUGCAUGGUGCCCGAACAUUUCGAGAAGACCAUCUUCCUCAGCGCCAUGUACACGUUCACUGUCAUCACGGUGGUGCUGUGUGUCGCCGAGAUAUUUGAGAUUCUUUGCAGAAGACUGGGAUAUUUGACAAGUCAAUGACGGCAACCAGUAGUCAGAGCAAAGUUUUAGACAAAUUGAAUCAUUUUUUUUUGGGUGGGGGGCAAUCUAGGCUUUAAAAAAAUGUUGAGAAAGACCGCAUGUAAAAUACCUCUGUUCUUCUUCAUCUGGGGGUAUCUUCUGGCCAUUUUCUUUUGUAGAUUUUUAAUUAGUUUUG